AUGCCAAAGAUGUUCUUCUCUGCCAACCCCAAGGAGUUGAAAAGAACCAGUCAUUCUCUUCUGGAAGACAAAACGCAAAAAAGGAGGCCAAAAACUUUUGGAAUGGACAUGAAAGCAUACCUGAAGUCUCUGAUUCCACAUAUGGAGUCUGGACUGAAGCCUUCCAAGUCCAAGGACAUACUUUCUGCUGAUGAAGUAAUACAAUGGUCACAAUCUCUGGAAAAACUUCUUGCUAAUCAAACUGGUCAAAAUGUCUUUGAAAAUUUUCUGAAGUCUGAAUUCAGUGAAGAGAAUAUUGAAUUCUGGUUGGCUUGUGAAGACUAUAAAAAAACAGAAACUGAUCUUUUAUAUUGCAAGGCAGAGAAAAUAUAUAAAGUAUUUGUGCAAUCAGAAGCUACAAAGCAAAUCAAUAUUGACUUCCACACUCGAGAAUCAACGGCCAGGAAAAUUAAAGCACCAACCCUCACCUGUUUUGAUGAAGCCCAAAAAACCAUAUAUACUCUUAUGGAAAAGGAUUCUUAUCCCAGAUUUCUCAAAUCAGAUAUUUACUUAAACCUUCUGAAUGAACUCCAGGCCAAUAGCCUAAAGUGAACAGUUCCUUAAUGAAGGUCAUUGAAGGCAGUAUCCAGUGCAUUAGAAAUAUG